UUCUCGCUCCGCCUCUCACGUACUGGAAGCAGCCGAGAAAACCUCCACUCUACCGUCCAUCAUGAGCGAGAGACAAGGAUCUGGAGCAGCUGCUGGCAACAACAAGACAUCUGCUGAACAAGAUGCGUCCAAGAUGGACGUCCCAGAGGACUUUGACAUUGACAUGGAAAACCCGGAGACCGAGAAGGCGGCCGUCGCCAUUCAGUCCCAGUUUAGGAAGUUCCAGAAGAAGAAGCGCGUCGAGAAGUCCUAGUGAGCGCCGCGACGCUGACGACGGUGUGACAUUUGCAUGUAAACAAAUUCAUACCUGUUGAAACUCCAAGGGGUUGUGAUGGGGUUGAGGGAGGGGGGAGAGAAUGCAAUAGCCUGUUUAUCAUAUAACAUGUCUGUGAAUUUUCAUUAUCCUAUUAUUAUAAUUACUAUAAUUUAUUAUUUGACUGCUGUAUCAAUAAAUGAGUAACGGAAACAGAUAGAGAGAAUACUGGAUUUCUGUCCCGUCCCGUGUAUCAUGAAGUCUCGCUAGUGUUUGUGUUAGAAUAUGUUUUUGUACUUAUCCCAGCCUCAAUAGUUCUACUUGCAACAUCUUUCUCUGAAAGGCUUAGGACUACGCUUCCCAGAAACACCCGUAUACUGUGUGUGUGUGUGUGUGUUUAGAUGGAGCAAACGCUGAUGUUGGACUGAAGGUGUAUUUAAGGAAACUUAGCCCGGAGCUUUCCAUUCUGAACAGAAUAUUUCACCCAGAGGCAUUUUUAUUACCCGCAUGGUACUGUCACUGUGUGUAUCAAUGUACAUUGAAUAAAUAAAAAAUGUGUGGAACUGG